AAUGUCAAAAUAUAACUCUUGCUACCUCAAAUAAAAAAGUUUAGAAUAAAUUAAUGAUGCUUCUUCGAAGCUCUUCAAGUCCAUUACUCAAGCAACAAUAUUAUUCAUGUCUCCUACAAGAACCAAAAUACUUGUCAAGAUUAUCAUCACUCUCACAAGAAUGUAAUUCAGUACAAAAAAAGAUGUCCAGAGCUUUAUCUGAAACUAAUCUCUGUAGACCAUCAUCAUGUUGCAUGGCCUUGCACAAUCUACUACUUCCUAUCACAAUUGAUGAAGAAGACAAAGAAGAUGAGGAAACGGCGGAGAGGCAUAAAGUUGAGGAAGAGAAACACACGAGGGAGGUGGAGCAACUGGUGGUUGACGGCGGUGGAAGUGGAGGAGACGGUCGAGGAAAGAAAUGUGGUGGCGGCGGUGGUGGUGGUGGUGAUUCUGAUGGAGAUAGCUUUGAGUAUAGUACUGAUUUGUAUUACAGAAAGAUGAUUCAAGCUGAUCCUGGGAAUUCACUACUUCUUGGAAAUUAUGCAAGAUUCUUGAAAGAGAUCAGUGGGAACUUGGUGAAAGCAGAAGAAUAUUGUGAGAGAGCAGUGUUAGCAAAUCCAAGUGAUGGAAAUGUACUUACACUAUAUGCUGAUUUAAUUUGGAGUGCCCAUAAAGAUGCCCCUCGUGCUAACAACUACUUUGAGAAAGCUGUUAAAACUGCCCCAAACGAUUGCUAUGUGUUGGCUUCCUAUGCUCACUUUCUUUGGGAUGUAGAGGAAGAUGAAGAAGGAAAAGAACAAGAACAUAGACAGUAUCAAAUGAAUGAUAAUGAGUUAUCUAUAUAAUAUUGUAGUAAGAAUAUAAAUUAACUCUGCUAACAUUUUUUAGUUUUUUGUAUAUCUUUCAUCCUUUAGAGUAGUUUUUCCUUUUUAAUCUUUCAUUUUUUCCCUGGCUACUAAAGUAUUUUGAUGAAGUUUAGUUAUUGCUCUUUCUUGGCUUGAUUGUAAUAAAGAAUGAAGUAAAAUUAUGUUCAUGGAAAAAGUCGACUUCUAUGGGAGUAUUUGGUACGAAGGAAAAUAAAAUUCAGAAAAUAUUUUUUUUAUUUUUUCA